UUCAUGGAGGUGUUUGAGCAGAGGAGGAUCCGCGUGGUUCUGGAGAUCACUAACCUGGACCGAUGUGCUCCUAAGAAGAUCGUUGGUGUCCUGGAUGCUAUCAGUAUACUGCUCUCUGAUGAGGAGUCCCCCUUUAUCUCUCUGCUGGCAGUCAACCCUGAGGUCCUGGUUCAACAGGUGAACUAUGCAGACGGGUGCUUCAGUAAAGAAGACAGAGCCUAUGCCUUCCUGAACCGCAUCGUGACCCUGGCCUUCACCAUACCGCCGCUCUGCCACACCUCCAAGCGCAAGGUGUUCUACAAUAUCGUUAGCGGCCAAUCAGAGAUCACGGAAGAAGCCAAGGGUCAUGGGUCAAAGGGGAUCGAGCUGAGAGAGCUGGACCUGGGCAGCCCGAAGUCAUCCCUCUCCUGGAUCGAGAGCAGCCCCCAAACAAAGGAGACGUCAACUAUUCUGACGGAGGCCAGUAUUCCUUUGAUAGACAACAACCACAUCAAGGAGGCGCACGUGGCGUUUGCACUGAGUGAGGACGAGGCGGACAAGGCGAUAGAAUCAGCGCUGGAGAGCAUCCUGUCCAGUAACAGAGGGAACCUCCACCACUACAUCUCUGAUGACACCAUGUCCAUGAGACGGGUCAUCAACUCCAUCAGGGUCACCGUGGUGCUCAUGGAGGCUCUGAAGACUGAGCUGCCUCCGCCAGAGAACAUCGCUGCCUGGGUCGUUCUUGCCAACCAUUGGCCCUGUCGUCUCAGCUGGAUCCUACAGUGUCUGGAGGACGAGCAGCAGAGAGCAGAGAUCGAUGACGCCGUCGGGACGGCGACAGUCGUCGACGAGUCCAAGGCUUUGUGGGAGGUGUUCAGCGACUCGAGGAUGGAGCUUCACAUGAUGAGGGAGGAGAUCGAAGACCUGCUGGAGCAGGACGGAGAUCCAGAGAUGUUUGAGAUGUUCCUCAAGGUGCAUUUCCAGUUCAGGGUGAGGGACGCGGAGAGGUUCAAGCUGACCACGGUUAACCUGGAUCAUUCUAUCAGGAGGGAGCUGGCCCGGAUCAGAGGGACCACCGGACUGAAGAAUUCUGGGUGGGGAGGAACCUGGCUCCUCUCAACAUCAGGACUGUUAUCAACAUGACCUCUGAGGACGUCUGCAAAGCGCUGGCGAGGAUGAACCUCCCUAAGAAGUACGCAGACAUCGUCCGUAGCAAUGACCUCACCGGCCAGGCGCUGGUCUUCGGUGAUCCCGACGACCUCAAACAGCUGCUCCAGAUGACCUUCGGGGAGUGGACGACCUUCA